GCUUGUAGAAAUAACAGUUGUGAUGAAAUGUAAUAAUUUGGGGUUUAUUUGUCCCGCAAUCACAAGUAUUUAACUAUUGAGACAAUUUAAGGAAAAUAAGUGCAAGAUUUGUGUUUCUGGAACAGACAAGGGCAAAUUCCCGAGUAUCCUCAGUUGGGUCUACUCAAACCACCGACUACUCAAAAGCAGAAAUGGAGACCUCUCCUCCGGAGAAGAAAGACACACAAGUACAAACUGAGACCCCGGAAGGGGCGACCAGUGUCCAAGUAGAUGAGGAAAAGCUUGCAGAAUGGUUGAGAAAAAUUUAUCCGAAAGUAAAGAAAGAACUUGAUGAUAGCGCCAACUCUCGGGCUUUCAAGGGAUAUAAAUUAUCAACUGAUUCAUCUGAUGCUAACUGCAAACUUGUCCAAAUUUUAAAUGUGGCGUCACAAGUCAAAGAUGCAGAGAUUGGUUCUUACGUUUCUGCAAUGUCUUGGAACUCCACCAAUCAAACUUUGGCCGUUUCAUGUACUUAUAAACACAAUUCUUGGUGUUAUCACGAGGGCGUGGUUGCAAUUUACACUCUAGAUCGCGAGGACAACUUACCAGAAACACCAAGAGUUAAAUUAACAACGGAAUCUUGCGUUACCGAGCUCAGAUUUCAUUCAGUCUUACCAGCAAUAAUAGCAGCUGGAUUAUUUUCCGGUGGUAUAAUAAUUUGGAACAUACAAAAAGAGGACGACCAAGUCGUAGCCAAAGUUGAAGGGCAUGGGGACGGAAUUACGCAAUUAUCGUGGAUAAUUGACAUAAAUUCGGCCAAAAACGUCCUUCUGGCAUCUUCUGGCCUCGACGGUCUUUUAUCAAUUUGGAAUUUCAGUCUUAACGAAUCGGCUUUAACCAUUAAAGAGAGGCAUCAAAUUAGGUCGCAACUCAUGCCGAAAAAUAGCGAAAGCCAGGAAGAAACAGUUAAGAAAAUUGCAAGAGGGGUCACUUGUUUUGAUUUUUCCAAAUAUUCGCCUGAAAUUUUUGUGAUUGGAGGCGAGGGGGGGUUGGUGGUUCAGUGCAGUUUGCUUGGGAGCAGGAAGUUGCAAGGGAGUAAAGACGAAGCCCCGCUCCUUGAUUCCGUUUUUAAGUAUUACGAGGGGCAUAAGGGUGAAGUGAGUUCGAUUAAAUUUUCACCAAAUCGGCGAGAAAUGUUUAUGACGAGUGGCUCUGACUCGGAAAUACGAAUUUACGUCGUUGACCAAGAAGAGCCGGCCCAAGUAAUUUUUUUGAAACAACCUUUACUUGAUGUUUCUUGGGUCCCUUACGAAGAGAGAAUUAUUUGUGGGUGUGGUAAAAACGGUGUUAUUGAAAUUUAUAACUUGUUGAAAGGCAAGGCUAUUGAAAAUACGACCAAAGAAAAAAUCAAAUCGGAAAUUAUGACCCAAGUCGAGAUAAAUAAAACAAAGAGCAAUAUCGUUGCAGUAGGGACGGAGAGUGGACACGUCCAAAUGUGGAGGGUUCCUUGGGCUUUGUUCGGAAAUUUGUCACUUUGAACAAUUCUUGAAUAAAUUAUGAUUUUUACAUAA